AUGAAGUAUUUCCAUUCACUGCCAUUGAUAAUAGUGGUAGUAAUUGGUAUAUUUAUAACAACAUCGAUAUUUUUAAGUACCAACAAUGUAGUUGAUGCAUGUGGCAUGACAACCCACAAUGAAGUUGCAAGACGUGCUUUUAAUUUCUCUGAUUUCAAAGAGUAUCCACAGUUCCAACAGAUGAUUUUGAACAAUUUGGCAUCGUUUCAAGCAGGUGCUGCAUUUCCUGAUUGGGGAUACAGUUGUGGUGGAUUCGCCGCUGAAUCCGAAGCUGCUCAUUGGCCACCAUUUUUAAGAAAUGCAAGUGAAUAUUUACUGGCAACUUAUACUCAACCAUGGAAUGCAAAAGCACAAUCAUUGGCAGUAUUUUUAUUGGGUGUGAUGUCGCAUCAAGUUGCUGACAUCUCAUGGCAUUCGAUUGCAGGUGACCAAAAUGGUCUGAUUGCCUCUAUGGCUGGCCAGGAUUUCAACGGAACCUAUAGUGUUGCCCAUGAAAAUGCUGAUACCGGAGGUGAAUUUGUAUUAGCUUAUAAUUAUAAUUUAGAUUGGUUAGAAGAUGAAUGGUAUGUUCCAGUUGAAGAUGUAAAGAAUAUUUAUCAUCAAAUGAAUUAUACUACUGUUACAGAAUUGGCAUUGGUAAAAUGUAAUUCAAUUCUGUUUGCUGGUGCUAUGGCUGUGAAGACUGGAGGUCGUUUCUUGUAUCCAGAGAUCGCCGAGAAAUCACCGUUCCUCAUUGAUCACUACCAAGAUUACUUUAAUGGUGGUCUCGAUGAUAUGGCUGUUUGGACUAGCUACUGUUGGCCAGUUCUAAUGGGUUGGCUUGAGGGCGAGAAGAUUGGAAACUUUUGUGCCAUCCAGCCGGAUCCAUCAUUCAGUCACGGUCACCGUCGUAACGGAUUCGAAAAGAUCGCAGAGCACUUCUCGGACGAUGCAAUCAACAUUCUCAUCGAUAGAAUGGACAUAUUCAAGGAUCACCACAACAACUACUUGAUCUCGAUGAAUCCAAUCGAUCCAAUUGAAUUGGGUUUCAAAGUACCACCUAAGCCACACAACAAGAUGAACGAUAUUCCAACGAAUUACUCUACCAUUUUCAGUGAGAACGCCUACUCUUAUUUCGGUCGUAGUUUGAUCUCGCACGAUUUGAACAACGACGGUUUCGAUGACCUUAUUGUAUCGGCGCCGGGUGACGGUGUUCCAGGUGCAAUGCAAACCGGAUGUGUGUACUACAUCAUGAUGGGUGAGAACAAUAGCUCACGUUUUGUAAACUCGGCACAAUUUGAAAUCAACCAAAUCGCCAAUGGAAAGGUCUGUGGCAAUGAAAUACAUGCUCGUUUCGGUUGGUCCACUGUCUUGUUGGAUUUCAACAUGGACGGAGUCAUUGAUUUGGUUGUUGGUGCACCAUCGUCUGCCAAUGCCGACUUGAAUUACUUUGGUAAAGUUUUUAUCUACUUGGGACAGAUGAAUGGACAGCAAUGGUCAAUCGACCAAUCCUCGCCGAUCACCAUCAACGGAACCUACUUCCAGGAUCAGGCAGGUCUUAUGCUUUUCACAGGUGACGCUAACAACGAUGGUCAUCAAGAUUUGAUUAUCGGUAUGCCAACUGCCGGUCCAAACCAACAAGGAAAACUAGCGAUAUUCUAUUCGUCAGAGAAGCGCAGUUCACAACACCCACUCGACUUGGAGAGAGAUGCCAACUUCCAAGCAUUUGGUACCACCGCUUUCGAAUGGUUUGGAUAUCACGCCGCCAUUAGUUCUGGACUUCUCUUGGUCGGUAGUCCAACUUUCCACGAAGAUGGCGAUCUCAUGAACAUAGGUAAGAUCACUGGUUUCCAGCUUUCCAAACCAAAGCAACCAAAGUUCACAUUGAUCGGUCAUUACCAGUUCGAUAAACUUGGAUAUACCUUCCAAGUUGUCAAUGGAAGCUUCAUGGGAAUGAAUGAGAAUCUACUGGUCGUUGGUCUACCAACUCGUGGUUACGAAUUGAGAGAGCAGGUCGGUGAAGUAAUGUUGAUUGCUUUUGAAUCGCUCGUUGGCUAUGUCGACUUGGCAGAUUGCGAAGUGUUGUUACAGGUCACCGGUGACACUAGCUACUCGAGAUUCGGUGAGUCACUGGCCAUGGAUCUCUUCGAAGGAAGUGUACCAACACUCUAUAUUGGUUCGCCACUCUGGACCGAUUCAAUAUCGACAGGAUCCGGUGCAGUCUACCAAUACACAAUCAACCCACCUGCUAAAGAUAAGUCGAAUAACAACAAAUCAGUUACCACUGUCGAUGGAGGUAGCUAUGUAAAUAAUAAGGAAAAAGAUAGUAGAUUCGGUUUCAGAAUGGUUUUGGCUGAUGUAAACAAUGAUGGAAAGAAAGAUAUUAUCAUUGGUGCCGACAGAGAUUCAUCAAAGAGUCUACAAUCAGGAUCGAUCAAUAUUUUCUUUUCAAACUAA